AUGGGCGAGGCUUCUAGAGUCGUCGACUUCGCCGUAGGGUCCGAGACCUUUCAGACGUGGUACACAGUUUCGGGCGACCUAAAGUCGGGUAUCCGUCCUCUCGUCCUCCUUCACGGAGGCCCCGGAUUCUCGCAUGAGUACAUGCGUUGCCAUGCGCCGCUCUUGGAGGCCAAAGGGAUCCCCCUGAUUCUAUACGACCAGCUCUGCUGCGGUAAUCCUACUCACCUCUGCGAGAAACCGACCGACUUCUGGACCGUCGCUCUGUUCGUUUCCGAGCUCGAUAAUCUGCUGGAAAAACUCGGUGUUCGCGAAAACUUCGACCUGCUAGGCCAUUCGUGGGGCGGGAUAUUGGCACUUGCGUACGUGCUUGAUCGUCAGCCCAGCGGGCUGAAGCACUUGGUACUGGUUGGCGCACCUCCCUCCAUCUCCGUGUGGAACGCGGAGUGCCGUAAGUUGUUGGCUCAGCUGCCAAAAGACGUGCGGGAGACAAUCGAGCGGUGCGAGCGCGAGGGAACAACGGAUUCGAAGGAGUACAAAGAGGCGGAGCACCUCUUCUUCGUGCGUCACGCGCUCUCGCUAGAUCCUCCUCCAAUUGGCGUACAGCGCACUAUGGCAGAGGUGGGAAAGGAUGAUACGGUAUACCGGGCCCUUUUUGGGUACUCGGAGUGGGACGUCAGGGGAAACCUGGGCAGCUGGGAUGUCACCGAUAGGUUGAAGGAAAUCAAGCAGCCCACCCUUGUCAUCAACGGUGCGCAGGAUGAGACGACCGACGCGUGCGCCGCGCCGCUCUUCUGGGAGAUACCGAAUGGUAAAUGGGUACAGUUCGCCAAGUCGACGCACAUGGCAUUCUAUGAGGAACCAGGACGGUAUCUCGAGGUCGUGAGCACGUUCUUGACAGCACAUGUAGGAUAA